AUGAAGAAAUCAACGGAUCUUCCUCCACCAGCCUAUUCUGAGAAGCCGUUCAAGCCUUACAGCGACAAAUCAGACGAUGACGAAGAUGACUAUACACCUUUUGAACCUCCUUCUCCCCCUUCCUUUACAGGCAAGCAGACUACAGAAGUUGCAAGUGUUUCACUUCAUGAACAUGAUAAAAUUCGAUUUAUCAAUUUCCCACCUCCUCUCUUAAGCGGUGCUGUGAUCCUAAUUCAACAAUAUUGGCCCCGGGGAAUUCGAAGCCAACGGGCGUAUGGCCCUUCACAUGAAAUCAAAUUAUCUGGAACUCCCUGGCUUGCAGAGGGAUAUAGUAUAAUUCAUGUUCAACGUACAGUGAAAGAACUCAUUGCUUACAUGAUGAGUCAUAACUGGAAACUUUAUGUGCUAUGCAACGUUUCAGAGAAAAUGGGCUCCUUAGACAGCUGGUUUUUCUUGCACGUCCCUGGUUUUGCUACAUCUAUGCUUACACCUAAACAAGAAUGGUCGGUUAUUACAUUCGAAAACUCCGAUCGUAUACGCAUUAUUGAUGGCUCACAACAAUUAAUUUCAAUCAUUCAUAGUGCUUGUCUACAACACUGGUAUCGUGGCUUGAAAUCCUUCCGUCUUUAUCGCGGUAUGGUGCCUGAAUGUAAACUUCGUGGAUUUCCGUGGGCUGCCAACGGUACGGAAACUAUGUAUGUUCGUCUCUUCGUAGCGAAGCUGAUUGAGCUCUUAGAAUCUGCCGGGUACUCUAUCGUUGGCACCCUCAAUAUAUUUCGAACGGAAGAUUACUCGUUUCCUGAUUCUUGGGUCCUUUUGCAUCCCUAA